CCCACUGUUGUGGGAAGCUAUAUAAGAACCUCCAGUGAUGAUGAGGGCAGAUCUUUCUUUUCCUUUCUCCUGUUUUACAGCAACGACCUGCAGUCGGGAGCAGUCAUGUCUCACGCGUGGGGAUAUGGACCCAACAAUGGACCUGACAAAUGGCAAGAGAACUACCCAGUUGCUAAUGGGGCCAGGCAGUCUCCAAUUAACAUUGUUCCAAACGAAGCCCAGUAUGACAGAUCUCUGAAGGCUCUCAAGCUCAAGUAUGACCCAUCCAACUCCACAGGGAUUCUCAACAAUGGACACUCCUUCCAGGUGGACUUUGUGGAUGAUGCCGACACAUCCACCCUCACAGGUGGCCCCAUCUCUGGAACCUAUCGUCUGAGACAGUUCCACUUCCACUGGGGAGCCAGUGAUGCUAAAGGCUCUGAGCACACUGUCAAUGGCAUCAACUUCCCAUGUGAGCUCCAUUUGGUGCACUGGAAUACACAGUACCCAAGCUUUGGUGAGGCAGCCAGCCAACCUGAUGGACUUGCCGUAGUUGGCGUCUUUCUUAAGAUUGGACCUGCUAACCCCAGACUUCAGAAGGUCCUUGAUGCACUGGACUUUAUUAAAACAAAGGGAAAGCAGACUGCCUUCAUCGACUUUGACCCAAAAGUUCUCCUACCUUCUUCCCUGGAUUACUGGACAUAUGAGGGCUCUCUCACCACACCUCCUCUGCUGGAGAGUGUCACUUGGAUCGUUCUAAAGGAGCCCAUCAGUGUCAGUCCUGCCCAGAUGGCAAAGUUCCGCAGCCUUCUCUUUACGGGUGAGACUGAGGCCCCGUGCUGCAUGGUGGACAACUAUCGCCCCCCCCAGCCUCUGAAGGGACGCCAGGUCCGAGCCUCCUUCAAAUGAACCCAGCUUGUCUUCCUUAUUAACAGUAGAUGCGUUUUCUGUCCAUAACAUGAAAACAAUAGGACUAAAUCAUCUAGAUCUUACUGCUUCCACGGCCUUUGCAACCCAUUGUACUAGAUCGCUUCUUCGCUCGCUUCAUCUUUCAACUGGAAUUAUCUGAGUUUGAAAUCGAAAUAACCAUGAUUAUGACCUUUCAUCUGCAGUUCUAAACUAUUCAUGAAAACUUAAAAAGCUCUGUAUUUUGAAAACCUCUUGUGUGACUGUUGAAUCAAUAAACUCUUGAACCAAAA